AUGGACAUCCCGAACCACGCGCACGGCGGAAUGCGGUCCGACUCGCGACUGCUCUCCAUCCCGCGCGAAGUCCGCAACCUCAUAUAUGAGCACUACAUCAUCGUCGAGGGGGGAUACAUCUAUGAAUCAGACGGUCUCCUCGGUGGCAGGCUCAAGAGGGCCGACGGGCGACCUAUCAAUCUCAACCUGAUGUACGCCUGUCGACUCGUCGCCAACAAGAUGCGCCACCUGGCCUUGCGGAGCAACACCCUCACGUUCUCCACCAUUACGUCGGAAUCAGGGCCGUCCUCUCUAGCCAUGCUUGAAGGUUUGCGCAUGCGCGCUGCUCGGUUCGAUGGCCUGGUUGGGCGUAGCCUCGACAGAUGCAGGCAGCAAUUGUUCCAUUUCGCCGGAGGCUUCCUGGCGGGUCGGAGAUUCAAAGAGCAACAGGCGCGGACAACUACGUCAGAAGAGGGCAAUCACGACCAUGAAGAGAAAGGCCAUGACGGCUCCAGCAGCGACCUGGCCGCUGCAAGCAAAGUACACGUCGACCCUCGUAGUACUGAAGAUCCGGACGAGCUCUCAUCCUCAGAAUCGUUCCCAUCUGGCGAGCCGUCAGAGGCCACAGCUCAGCUUGCCUUUGACGAGCUGACCAAGAAGCACCGUCGCUUCUUUCGAGUCCUGGAGCGAAUGGAUCACGAGGACUGGGGUACCAUGGAGAGCCCUGGGCUUCACGCACAUUCGUCGCGGUCCUUACGCGACUGGGAUCAAAUCCAAUGGUGCCAGUACUUGAAUAUCUCGGAAAAUCGCUUACCAGGCGGGGAGCUCCGCUCGAACCGCAUCAUGCGCUGCUCGGUCAGGGAGUGGGAAAUUCCCACGGCGGCCAACCUGAAGGAGCUGUCGUCGUGGAUCACCGAGGAGAAGCGCUUGCUCUCAUCCAUCCGCGACGGAUCCGAUGGCUCAGUCUAG